AUGGGUCUAGCAUCGUCAAAAGCUGUCAGCAGCAUUGCGGUCUCAUCGCAUGGAGCGGGUUCAGAGAAGAGCAAUAAUGGCCGGCUCAGCAAGGAUAGUGUGAUCGUCGAGACCAACUAUCCCUCGAUGUCAACCGACAUUCAGCAGCAACCAUGCUCGAUACUUCCUUCCCCGUCCGGUAGCAGCGGUAUCGACACCUGGAAAACGUCGAGCUGUCACGUCCGGCAGGCUAGCAUACGAUCGCGAAACCUGCAACCGAUGCCGGAUGCCGGCGAACUUGAUCGUCGCUUCGCGAAAGUGCUGGCAUCCAUGGAUCUUCCUCCGGACAAAGCGAAGCUGCUGAAAAAUUAUGACAACGAAAAAAAGUGGGACAUUAUAUGCGAUCAGGAAAUGGUACAUGCCAAAGAUCCUCCGGCACACUAUCUCACCAAGCUCCGCACCUAUCUGGAUCCCAAAGCGUCCCGCAGCCACAGGAAACGCAAGAUGGUGGGUGAGUCGACAUCAACACAGGUGUUGCGUGAUCUAGAGAUAUCCCUGCGAACGAAUCAUAUCGAGUGGGUUAAAGAAUUUCUGGACGACGAAAACCAGGGCCUGGAUGCGUUGAUAGAUUAUCUCAGCUUUCGCUUGGCCAUGAUGCGCCACGAGCAGCGCAUCCUGGAGGCGAAAUCAGAAUCGGACGAAGGACUGACAACGAAAGAGACGGCCGCCAACAGCUCGUACGGAAGCAAUGAAACAAAUCACAAAAUCGUACCCAACGGAUUCAUGCGUCCCGGUUUAGGUGACAUGCUGGACAGCCCGAGUAUAAAACGGCGCUCGCGGCACAUCGCUAAACUGAACAUGGGACUCACCACAGAUGACAUUCACGUGUGCAUCAUGUGCAUGCGCGCCAUCAUGAACAACAAGUACGGGUUCAACAUGGUCAUCCAGCACCGGGAAGCGAUCAACUGCAUCGCGCUCAGCUUGAUCCACAAAUCACUGCGCACCAAGGCGCUAGUGUUGGAAUUGCUGGCCGCGAUAUGCUUGGUAAAGGGUGGACACGAAAUCAUCCUGUUCGCCUUUGACAAUUUCAAGAAAGUUUGCUCGGAACAGCGCCGCUUUCAGACGCUGAUGGAAUAUUUUAUGAACUACGAGCUGUUUAACAUCGAUUUUAUGGUGGCAUGUAUGCAGUUCGUGAACAUUGUCGUCCACUCGGUGGAGGAUAUGAACUACCGGGUGCACCUGCAGUACGAGUUUACAGCGCUCGGUUUGGACGAGUAUCUGGAAAAGCUCCGGCUGACGGAAUCGGAGGAACUGCAUGUUCAAAUUUCCGCCUACCUCGACAAUGUGUUCGAUGUGGCUGCUCUGAUGGAGGACAGUGAAACGAAAACGGCUGCACUCGAACGCGUGAACGAGCUGGAAGAUGAGCUGGGACGAGCACUGGAUCAGGCUAGUGAAAUUGAACGGGAAGCUCUGUUUAAGAUAGGUGAACUCGAGGCCGAACUGAGCCGAACCCGUAGCGAACGGGACGAUUUAUACAACAAACAGUUGGUGGUCGAGGACGAAAUCGUGAAACUAAAGCGAGCACUGAAGCAGCAUGAGCAAGAAUCCCAAAGCAGACAGUCAAUGCUUCUUGAGCUCGAAAACCUAACCAAAACACUUCCCAAAGGUACUUCCAUUGCGGAUGUAUCGAAUCUCCUUGCAAAGGGUGGCCUAUCGGAACUGAGUCCUACCGGUGCCAGCGGCACAGCUGGUCAGCAGCAGGCACCACCGAUACCACCACCUCCCGCCCCACCAAUACCUCCCUCGGCAGCAAACGUUCCCAUGCCACCUCCACCACCGUGCCCACCUGCGCCACCAGGUGGACUGUUAAACGGAAGCGGCGAGCCACCGAAAGCACCACCAAAACCGCCCACGUUCAUUCCAGUGCCACCGCCAAUGGGUGGACCGUACGGUGGUAACAACGCACUGCACUGCACGGACGGUGCGAUGACGAUAAAACGUAAGGUGCAGCCAAAAUACAAACUGCCCACGCUCAACUGGGUUGCGCUGAAACCGAAUCAGGUACGGGGUACGAUAUUCAAUGAGUUGGACGACGAGAAGUUGCAUCGGCAGAUCGAUUUUGUCGAUUUCGAGGAACGGUUCAAGAUCGGUAUGGGCGGCCCUGUCACCAACGGUAACUGUGAUAUGGACGGGCUGACGGCGUUCCCCAGCAAACGGUUCAAGAAACCCGAGCACAUUUCCCUGCUCGAACACACGAGAUUGAGAAACAUUGCAAUAUCUCGAAGAAAGCUAGAAAUGCCUGCGGAAACCGUUAUCAAAGCGAUCAAUAAUCUCGAUCUCAAGCUCCUAUCGCUGGAAAAUGUGGAACUGCUGCAAAAGAUGACACCUACCGACCAGGAGCAGAAGCUUUACAAAGAGUAUGUGAUAGAGAAGAAAGAUCUGAACCAGUUGACCGAGGAGGAUAAGUUCAUGCUGCAACUAACGAAGGUCGAACGAAUCUCGUCGAAAUUGUCGAUCAUGAACUACAUCGGAAACUUCUUCGAAUGCUGGCAUCUCAUUAGUCCGCAAGUUUACUCCAUCAUAUCCGCAUCCUCCUCUAUCAAAUCCUCGAAAAAGUUCCGCGCAGUGCUGGAAGUGAUAUUGGCAUUUGGCAACUAUCUGAACAGCAGCAAACGUGGCCCUGCUUACGGAUUUAAGCUACAGUCACUCGACACCCUGCUCGACACCAAGUCCAACGAUAAGCGCAUGAGUCUGAUGCACUAUAUUGUGGCCACCAUACGGCAGAAAUUCCCCGAGCUGAUGAACUUCGAUACGGAGCUGUUCUGUAUCGACAAGGCGGCACAGGUAUCGCUCGAGAUGCUCAUUUCCGACGUGAACGAGCUGGAAAAGGGCAUGGAAACGGUACGCAAGGAAGCCGAUCUGCGUGGUAAAGGAACGCAAAGUCACGUGUUGCGAGAUUUUCUCGCAAACUCGGAAGAGAAGUUGAAGAAAAUUAAAUCCGAUUGUAAAACGGCACAGGAAUCAUUCAAAGAAUGCAUCGAAUACUUUGGCGAAUCAUCACGAAAUGCGGAUGCAAAUGCAUUCUUCUCAUUGCUAGUCCGAUUCGUACGAGCAUUUAAGACCUGCGACCAAGAAAACGAACAACGACGGCGAUUAGAGGCGGCCGCUCUACAGGCAUCCGCUAAAAAAGACGAAGAGGAACAGGUGGUGCUACGGAACAACAAAAUCAAUAAUCAAAAGAAGCAACAGGAAGCAGUAAUCAACGAGCUUAAAUUGAAAGCUCACGCUGUGCGUGAAAAGAAGCUACUCCAGCAGGACGAAGUAUACAACGGUGCGCUGGAAGACAUUCUGCUGGGACUGAAGAACGAACCGUACCGGCGGGCAGAUGCAGUGCGAAGGAGUCAACGCCGACGGAUCGAUAGCAAUAGGCUGUCGCGUACGAUGGAGGAGGUAGAAGUGUAGAUCGGUGUACUGUAAAUAGAUCGAUCGAAUUGAGCUCAAAA